AUGGCCACUGCCAAUGUCAAUGCCCUCUACAAAGGACUGGAUGGCCACGCAGGCAAGCUUCACUACUUGCAAUCUCAGAUGAGGGAAUACAAGCUCAACUGCAUCGCAAUCCAGGAAGCACGAACAGAUCAUGGAUUGUCUUGCAAUGGCAAUAUCCUGAGAUUCUGCACGGGCCACCGAGAUGGACAGUAUGGCAUUGAGCUCUGGUUCGACCUUGAGACUCCAUUUGCCGUCGAUCACAGAGGCAAAGAAUACAGGUUUGCAGCUUCGCACUUCCAAGUGGUCCAUUAUGAUCCGCAAAGACUCCUUGUUCGAUGUGAUGCAGAUCUCCUUUCAUUCUGGGUCCUUGCGUGCCACGCGCCGCACUCGGGCCAUCCAGGAGCUGUUAGAGAUGCAUGGUGGGCAACUACUACACACAUUCUGGAAGAAUAUCAUGACUCAGAUGCUUUGUUUGUCCUUGCAGAUGCCAACGCAGAGCCAGGUGCAUUUGAUGGUCGUACAGUCCUCAAGAAAGGCUUCCCAUCAUCUGCCAACACGCAAGCCUUUCGUGAGAUUCUCGACAUGUAUGAGCUCGUCCUGCCUGCCACCAGUGACAUCCACUAUGGCUCCAACAAUACUUGGACGCAUUGCAGUGGUCGCACUCAGCAUUGUAUUGAUCACAUUGCUGUUCCGCGCACAUGGCUGGGUCGAUGUACACAUUCGCAAGUGCUCGAUGAGUACGAUUUGGCCACCAUGCAUGAUGAUCACAAACCAGUUGCGCUUCAGAUGCAGUGGCAUGAAUGUCACGCUGCAUCAUCUACACAAGGGCGUCAACGACAAGGUUACAAGGCUGCCAGAUAUCAACAUCAUCCGGAAAUGCGCAACCAGAUUCUUGGCAUUUCGGAGCUUUGCUGGCACAACGAUGUAGAACAACAGACAGCCUACAUUACCAAGCACUUGCACGAUAUACUUGGUUCCACAUCCACACCAGGCAGCCUGUGCAAGAAAUUCUACAUCACAGAAAAAGCGUGGCAGAUCCGCACUGACAAGAUCCAGUACAAGAAAAAGAUCAAGGAGACGCAGCGUAUGCUCAAUCGUGAACUUCUUCAGUGCUGCUUUGGGGCUUGGACUCAACACUCCCAGCCACGAUCAGAGCACGUUGACCUUAUUGAGGCCUUUCAGUAUGGCAUCUCAUUGCGUUGCACGCUACUGGGCUUGGUUGCGAGACUUCGUUCAGCAGGGUUGCAAUUACGCCAAGAGCUCAUUGUCAACAAGAAGCAGGCGUUAGCGGCAUGUCUUGCUCAGCUACCACCAGAAGCAUCAGCCAAUGACUUCCUGAAACAAUUGAAGCCAUUCAUUGGACCUACCAAUCCAAAGAAGGCCAAGACAAAGACAAUGCCUGUGCUCAACAACGAACAUGGAGUACGAUGCCAACUCCCUUGUGAAGCGCAGGGUAUUUGGAUUGACUUUUUCCAGAACAUGGAGGCUGGUCAACGCAUGUCUCAUUCAGCGCUCAGAAGAACAUGGAUCUCCGAGCUCCAAGAGUUCCAACAAGCAGCGCUUGAUGUCGAGUUCAGUGAGCUCCCCAGUUUAUUGGACUUGGAGAAAGCGCUCAGACGUUUCGCCAGCGCCAACGACGACAGCAAGUCAUUGAUCUUCAUUGUCGAGCACUUCAUGCAUUCAAUCAUUUUCAACCGGGAAUUGCAGACGGUGAGCCCGUCCCCCAUGAAGCUGAAGGCUCACUUGCACUACUCAGUGAAGUGUCGCACUGUCUUGCAGAGUCGCAACAUUCACUUCCCGAUCAUUCCUGGCAGUGGCUCCGCCGAUGAUGCGUUGCGAACCAGUAGGCAUGACAGGUUGCUCCCUCCUUUGGUAUGCAUGGGGCCACAACAGCAAGCAACGAGAAGAAGACAGAAGCCUGACAUUGACGGCCAACUCUAUGAUUUUCUUGUUGAUGCCACUGCAGAUGCGACUGAUACCGAUCAAUACUAUCUCACCGUCAAGAACUUCGUUGGCGACUGCACUAUCUCCUGGACGAGAUUGCGGAGGACUCUGGACUUCUUUGCGGAGACCCUCAUGCCCGAGGAUGCGCAGGUCUUGCAUUUCGCUCCGGAGUGUGCUAUUCGUGUUCUGCGCAGACUUGCUACGGUAGAGGAAUGGCCUUUCUUGAGGUGUGAUAUCAGUGCACAGGUGGAGAAGUAUGACAUCAAGGAAUUGGAGAAGCGUUGCAACAACUUUUGCUGGGACCCAUCAGAACAAACAGAUGUGCCGGUCCACAAGCCUGUGGGUCGAUUUAGAAUUCAUCAGAGACGCUUGGCCGCAGCGGAAAGCUCCUUU